AUGUGCCUUUCUGAGCUCCCUAUGGUUGUUACAGCCAUUGAGCUGGAAGAACAAUGGAAGUGCGAGAUUGCUGCAGAGGAAGCGCAAAAGCAGCUUGCUAACCGCACUUUCCAACCAGGUGACGUUGCCAAAGGCGCCAACCUCUUCAAGACCCGUUGCGCAUCGUGCCACACCCUCGAGAAGGGCGGUGCCAACAAGGUCGGACCCAACCUCUUCGGUCUCUUCGGCCGCAAGUCUGGUCAGGUUGAGGGUUACUCCUACACCGAUGCCAACAAGGAGAAGGGUGUCGUCUGGGACGAGAACUCCCUCUUUACCUACCUCGAGAACCCCAAGAAAUACAUCCCCGGAACCAAGAUGGCGUUCGGUGGUCUCAAGAAGCCCAAGGACCGCAACGACUUGAUCAGCUUUAUGGAGAAGGAGUGCAAAUAA